UGUAAAGGCAGACGACGCGGUGUUGCUGCGAUGUUGUUGCCAUGUGCGGUGUUUAGCUGUACCGUAUUUAUAUUAUUGAACAGUGUAUUUAAACCGUGACACCGCUGUUUUUUCCCCUACGUUGAACUAAGUGAGCUUUUGUCAAAGGCUCAGUGAAAUUGUCUUUCGCAAUCCGUGCGCACUGUGAUUGGUUGGUUCAGUUUUGUGUCAAAGUGCACAAUGACACCGUUGGACAGCAUUGAGGGCAUACCGUGCACCAGCUAUUUGCCCUUCAAGAUGAGGUUCAAAGUGUAGUGGUUAAAGAGAAAGGCACUGUAGCGAUGGCACACGUUAUAUCUUCAUAUUCACAUAUUCAGCCACCAAACAAUGCCCUUGGAGGCUCCUCGAACCAUAACAGGUCACAGCAAGAACGACAACUACACCAGCUCAAGAAAUACCAAAACACGCUGCUAUAUCAAAAGAACAGCAAACCUGGAUAUGUUAUCUCUGAUAAGGGGGAUUUCUACGUCAAUUCGAGGUACCAGAUUCAAAAUGUCUUAGGGAAGGGCUCCUAUGGUGUUGUGUGCUCUGCAGUGGAUACAAAAACUCCUGCGAAGGAGGUCCCAUUGGCGAUUAAAAAGGUUUCAAGGAUCUUUGAGAAGGAAGUUUUGUUGAAGAGGGCUGUCAGGGAGUUGAAGUUGAUGAGAUUCUUCAAGGGCCAUCGGAACAUCAUCAACCUCAUCGACUUGGAUAUCGUUUACAGCGCACCGUACGACGGGCUCUACUGUUUCCAAGAGUUGGCAAGUUAUGACUUGUCAAAAGUUAUCCAUUCAUCCACGCAAUUCUCAGAAUUUCACAUCCAGAGCUUCCUCUAUCAGAUCUUGUGUGGGUUGAAGUAUAUCCAUUCUGCAGAUGUGGUCCAUAGAGACUUGAAACCUGGGAACAUCUUGGUGACAAUGCAGGGGACUUUAAAGAUCUGCGAUUUUGGCCUAGCUCGUGGAAUAUCACCAAAGUUUAUGGGCUCAAAAUCUCAGGCAAUAACAAAUUACGUUGCCACUAGGUGGUAUAGAGCUCCAGAGCUCCUCUUGAGCAGAAGAAACUAUUCCAAACUGGUUGAUCUCUGGUCAGUUGGAUGUAUACUUGGUGAACUAUACGGUAGAAAGCCCCUCUUCAUGGGUAAUGAUCAAAUCCAUCAAUCCACAGAGAUAUUGAAAGUCUUGGGCACACCAUCUAGGGAAAUAAUUUUAAGAUAUGGUAGUAGUGCAGCGUGGAAUUUGUUCAGUCCACCAAGCCCACAAUUCCAGCCAAUGGCAUGGAGUGAUGUUUAUCCAUUUGCAUCAGAGAAUGCUCAUGACCUCAUGUCUAAAUUGAUUUGUUGGGAUUCCAACGAGAGGUAUAAUGUUCAUGAACUGAUUUCACAUAGGUUCUUGAGAAUGGUAAGGGACCCAUCAGAUGAGCCAAUCACACCCCAAGUUUUCGAUUUCCAGUUUGAGAACACUGCAAAGACCUUUAAUGACUACAAGAUCUUAAUUCACGAAGAAGUUGAACUGUUUAAACAAGCGAGAUUGGGGUCUCUCAGCUAACAAAGGUAACUAGUUCUACUUAUCUAGAAAGUUUUUUGGGAAAGGGCAACAAAAUAUAAACACAUGCAACCAUAGCAAUAAAAAUCCAAACACCAACGCC